AUGAAAGGUCUGACCCAAAGACAAGGCCCUUUUGUCCUUUGGGUUGUCCACGUGUUGGGUUGUUUGGGCCAUAAACGGCUCAAGUGCUUCCGUAUUCCCGGUUUAUUAGUGAAUUUUUGGCAUAAAUCAUUUAAGGAAAAGCCUAAUCCAGUGCCUAAUCCUAAUCCAAAACGGCUCUACCAAAAAAAAUUUUAUUGUCAAUUUCAUUCUGGUUGUACCUACAACGAGAGAAAGCUCGCAAUCUCAUUAUUAAAAAAUCGUGAUCCUGCGCCUAAAACCUGGAAAAAAUAUCCUGUGACGAUUAGAGGAGGAGCAAAUUCAUAUGAAGAAGCUGAGACUCGUUUGAAGGAAUUGAGACACCAUCCCUAUGAAUUUACCUCGGAAGAUGACGUGUACAGAGACACUCAGAUUGAAGCCUUAAGGAAACGAUUGAUUACGAAGAAAGUCAUUUCAGAUGAUAAAGUUGCUGAGUUAUUUGAAGAGGCCUGCCAGAGUACUGGAUCACUGACUGAUAGUGAACAUGAGAGAAGUUCACCAGAAAUUGAGAAACGAAAACGUCGAGCUCCAAGAAGAAUCAUGUGCAAUUCACGUCGCUCCAGAUCUCUCUCGCCUUUUGGUCAGAAGAACCGAUUGCAAAAAAACACAAUGGACUCAACCAAAGACAUUCAAAGGAUCGGAGAUUCUUCGCCCCUCAAAGUGGUUUCUAAACACGGAAAUCCUCCUCAAGUCGUAGAUAGUGAAUCGGAGUCUCACUCUCCAAGUCAGCAAGGUUAUUUAAGUCGAGGAAAAAUUGGACAACGUUCAUUAAACCUGGAAAAAGAUACUCAAGAGCCUACUGAUAAAAUUCAAAAAAAAUUUCGAACAUUUUCCUUGGUGACCACUACACCAUCGAAGCAAAAAUUAGGCAGUGAAAAUGUUUUUCACAAUGAUGUGAGGAAAGAAUUUCGAGACAUAAAGUUAGCUAUUGGACCAAUAUAGUCACAAGUGCUUAAACUAUUACAAGCUGUCGACAACAUUAAAGAGAGGUUAAAUCAAGAAACACAAAAUAUAAUUGCUGCAGCAGGUAAUACGCUAGUAGAUCUUGAGGAUCAUCACUGCACGACGUUAGCCGAAUUUGAAGAAUUUGAGAACAAGUUGGCGAGGGAUCCUCAUUUCCGAGCGUGUAUCUGUAAUGGCAUAAGUCGUCAAAUUGAUGUAAAAGCAAAGUUGCAAAUCAGUAUUGGCAAAAUCCUAUUAGAUAGAUAUUUUUCACAAACAUACUCCUCUUAAGAGGAGCGGAGACAAACGACUCAUCGUCGAAUGGGAAUUAUGGAAAUGCAUUAAAGGUGUAGAGCAACUAACAGCAGAGACCAUCAUCAAACGUUUGCCGGAAUUGAAAGAAGGGGAACUGAACGACGCAUUGAGCACGGCAGUCAAUAAUUAUAAAUCUUCGAAGAAGAGACCAAAGGACGUUAGAGAUGAAAUUGGAAUUCCAUUGUAACCGAGUAAAUUUCAUAUUGAGACAGGAGAUAUUGUUUUCCCUUCGCGUCUGUAAACUUUUCCCUGUUCUCGGGAAUCUUAUUAAAAUUCUAAAACGUGGAAUAUUGUAAUUUAAUGGAUUAUAGCGACAAUGCGGUCGAUGUUUGGUGCGCAUGCGUCAAGGGACACAUUUUGGCUAGCCCAGCGCAUGCGAAGGGGGGCAACAAGUUGCUUGAGGCCCACCGGGCACUCUUCGCCCAGCAGCGAUAAUAUUCGCAUCAUAAUUUUGUGAUUGUAACCUAAUUUACGUUAUUCGUUAUAUUUUGUAUUUGUGUGGAAAGAGUCGAUCCCCGAGGACUUUGUUAAUUAAGCGGACAGGAUACUGUCAACAUAUUUAGUGAGUAAAAUGAUUAUUAAUAUUGUUGCCUUUGAUUUUCCUUUCUCUCUCUCUGUCUAUUUUCUUUAAUUCUAAGGGUCUUCCAACUUCCACGCUCUGAGUAUUGUCGAUCGUUGUUGGUUUCCGUUAAACCAACUGGCGCCCAAAUAAAUGGUUUAAUCGAUUCAAUUAUUGAUUCGACGUUUUAGCUAUCGAAUCCUUAAGCCCUGGCAGCCCCUGACCCAGGCCGCGCCAGGUGUAGGCCUUCAGCCAAUUAUUAACAAUUCGUGAGCAUUUAUUAAUUAAUAUUUAUCGACAUUUAUCUAAAAAGAAAGGCCUUGUCUCAAUAUCUAUAUACUUUGUGAUUUAAAAUUUAAAAACGAUUACAUCAUUUAUUUUUCACACGUAUACGUCUGUAUUUAUUGAAUUUAGACUGUUUACCACCUAACUAAAUACCCUAUCUGAUUUGAUUAAAUAAUCAAAUUGAGACCGGAUAGGAUAGGAUCUCAAUUCAUUAGGAGCUGAUUCGUUUGACCUGAUCAAAUCCGGAUCUGUUUUACCGGACUAAUUUCUGGUCAAGUUCCAGCUAUCUAGCCGCAUCAAAUUCUGAUCAGUUGGGCCUGAUCAAAUUCAGAUUAGGUCAUAUUGAUCAAGUUCGGAUCAGAUCGGCUUGAUCAGGUCCGGACCGAGUGAAGGCGUUACAUCCCUGAUCAAGUUCUGAUCCAGUCCUCGGAUCAGUACCUGGUUACACAUAAGGUCUGACCUGAUUAGGACUUGAUCCGGACCUGAGUUAAAUUUCCACUCGGGUAGUUCUAUAGCCGAAUAUCAGAGUAUUCAAACAUUUUCCAAAGAUUUUACAACCUAAACUUCGCACUGCCGACCAUAGGCUUUCCAUAUUGAAAUAUUAUAAAAACGGUCUUCAAUCUGAAGAUUAAGAACGUUAAUUUGAACACAGGUGAUGCAAUGGUAAAACAAUCCUCUUUUUGA